UGUCCUAUAACCUCCGGGGCAGGAUCUGUACCACUGUGUAUGUCCAAAAAAGGGAAGGGAUGACAUCAAAUGAAUGGAUGGAUGGAUGGAUGGAUGGAUGGAUGAAACAACUUUACUAACCCCACAGGAAUAUUCAUUCUGACUGCAUACAAUGUGCAACAUGCAUAUCACAUGCAUGUAGUCUACAGAUGUACCCCGUCAGUGACCUCAUUGCUGAGUUUUAGGUUACAAGAGAAGCGUUCAUAAAGGAGAAACAAGCGCAGGCGCACAAACACGGUGUGUGCGCGCGUGUGGAGUUUGAACAGGGGUGAGAGGGGGCAGGAAGGGGGCGUAUUCUCUCGCUGCACGCGGUCACUACUUCUGAUAGGGUGCCCGAUCGCGGGAGGGCAGCGGCAGAGAGCGCGCGCACAUUGUGCGCGUGGAACGGGAGCGCGGGGCCAUACGGGUGUCGGAUCCGCGAGGGGAAAGACCUCCGUCACGCGUCCAGAAGGCUCGAGAAAGCGAGGAGGAGGAGGAGGAGGAGGAGUACAGAGAUAACAUCUGGCGGAGGAGAGCGCACGUCCGCCUGCAGCGGAAUCCCGGUGAUGAGCGAGCAGAGAGCCAAGAAGUUCAUUCAUUCAUCCGUCCAUCCGUCCAUCGGCUCAGCUCCAGGAAUCAUGGACCGGCGGUCAGAAGGAGCUGCUGUUUGUGUAGCCUGCUGAGAGGGAGCUUGAAAGGCCUGCAAAGAAGUUGGUGUGUUUUCAAGAGCGAUACUCAGAAUCCUGAGGAGGUCCCUCAGUGCAGUGUAGCUCUGUGAGUCACACCAGCACAGGACCUUGAGCUUGCAGCAGCCGCAGAGACUCGCUUGACUGGAUCCAGCCGGCAGGAGCCUUUAAAGACAUCUACAGCUGCUGCACAUCUGAGCCUACCUGUCCCAGAGCAGAGUCUACUUUACUUGCCUUUCUUCUACUUCAAACCUGAAGGAAACACCUUGAGGGUUUACGCCAAAGAAUACAGUUAAAAGACGACUUACAGAUUCUACAGAACCUUUGGACCGGACGGUUGACCUCCAUCGACGCCAGCGCCAUGUGUCACGUGAUCGUGACGUGCCGCUCCAUGCUGUGGACCCUGCUCAGCAUCAUGGUGGCUUUCACCGAGCUCAUCGCCUUCAUGAGCAUCGACUGGCUGCUGGGCUCCCCCCGCAGCCCGGACCCCAACAUUGGUUCACACGGCUCGCUGGAGCCCUACCGGCCCACGCUGGGUUUGUAUGGUCGCUGCAUCCAGAUCUCAGGAACGUUCCGGGGCAUUCAGUGCGGACCCUACGCAUCGCACUUCGGGGAGAUCGCCAGCGGCUUCUGGCAAGCUGCUGUCAUAUUCUUAUCUGUGGGCAUCUUGCUGCUGAGUGCUGUGGCCUUCAUGUCCGUCUUCACCAUGUGCUUCCAAAGCAUCAUGAAAAAGAGCAUCUUCAAUGUCUGUGGUCUGCUGCAGGGCAUUGCAGGGCUCUUCCUGAUCUUGGGCCUGAUGCUCUACCCUGCUGGCUGGGGCUCGGACAAGGUUCAGGGCUACUGCGGGCCGGAUGCCUCCCCCUACAAAGUUGGCCUGUGUUCCCUCGGCUGGGCAUUCUACACAGCCAUUGGAGGGACAGUGCUCACCUUCUUGUGUGCCAUCUUCUCCGCACAGGCUGAGAUCGCCACCUCCAGCGACAAAGUACAGGAAGAAAUUGAAGAGGGCAAAAGCCUCAUCUGUUUGCUUUAGAUGAGCGUUCUACCUGGGUCUGAAACCCAGUCCUCUGCACCUUCCUUGCCUUUCGAAGGGAAUACGAUGCUGCCAUUUACCACUAGACCUGAAGGUUCGACUGCUGUUCAACCGGUUCAUGGUUAAAAUGGUUUGAACUCCAAGCUGUCCUCUGGGCACCUUCCCAUGACUCCCAUUUUCAGUAUGUUGUCUAUUUUUGCAGUGUUGGGGUAGAGUAUCCUGACACUGAAUGAUUUGUAAAUAACUGUAUAUGCUGUAUAGAACUCCAAAGAGAAUGAGGAAUUUAUAUUUUUGCAAACCUUGAAAAAUGAGAAAGGUUGCUGUGUUGGGCUUUAGUUGAAAUUCUAGAGGGAGACCCACCACUACUGCACUUUUGCAGGAUUCUCAGGUGCUGUAGGUCUACCGUUCAACACUGCACUGAAACUCUUCCCUUCAAAUCCACCAAAUGCAGAUGAAAGAGGAAUGCCGUUAAAAUCUACGAUGUGAUUUUCAUCAACUUAGAAAUAUAAGAAGAGCCAAAGAUUUACUGAAGGCAGUCCUCCAGGGUACAAGUCCACUGAUGUGCGGAGCAACUACGCUGUCUCACAAGACUUACUGUCACUUUUCUGCACCAAAGGAAAAAUAAAACAGGAGUAUUACUGAGGAUUAUUAUUUUUCAUCAGUUUAUAUUUGCAAAUGUUCCUUGACGUGAAAGAAAAAAAAAAAAAGCAACACUGAGCAACACAAGCUCUCUCCAAUAGGCAGGGAGGGACCCUGACUGACUGCUAAGCCAAUGCUCUCCAACAGUUCCCUGGUCUUUUUGCCACAGAUCAAGGGAGAAGAAAAGACAUUGCUUCCAAUCUUUUGCAUCUCCAGUCAGCUCCAAGCCUCUGCAUUUCUCACUGAAAUAGUGGGUGGGGUGAAGAACUUGCUUAAUGCACCAGCAGGCAAAGAUGGCAUCUCUAGUGCAGUUUGUAGGGAGGCAGUAAUCCCUACAAAUGCAGUAACUAUGCUCAAUGAGGGGAACAUCCAGCAUCCCAGACAAGGUGUCUCACUCAUCAGCAUCCAUAUGUAUAAGCUUUAGUUUUUCCACAACUGAGAACACCUCCCACUGUAAAUACAGGGUGUUGUACACAGUACUGGAACUCUGAUAAGAUACAACAGGACAGCAUGUUGUCUUUAUCGUAGUCUCACUGAUCUGCUGCAUUUGGUUUUUCUGGGGGGGGGAUUAAAACUGCUACAUUUAGAUGGUGUUCACUGGCAAAAGAUUGAGAAAUAUGAAAAAUGAGAGAACAGCAGAGACACGAAAAUUAACUGAACUUGAGGCAGUUACGGAAUUAGUGUGGAAUGUGCUAAUAACGCGUUUGGAUCCUGUGAUUCAUUCCGCAGACUUUUAAGGUAUAAACUAGCUGACUUGUCUUAUACUGCUUGUGUGAGCAAACUCAACUUCUGUUCGAGCAACACGUUUUGUUUUUGUUCCAUUAGCUUAUUGUAUGUAGCUAAUUAGCUAGCUUGUAGGCUAAGACAACUAACUAGCUAAGCGUAGCUAGCUCAUAUUCUAGCCAGCUGGUUGGGUAGCAGGUUAUUUAGCAGCAGCACACAAUUUGGCGGUAGGUAGUUAUGCAGGUCAAGGAAGUUCUGAUGAGCAUAUGCCUCUGUGCUUUGUUUUACUAUUCCAAGUACCACUAUUAGUACCACAGGCCCUGCUCUGCACACCCCCAAUAUAACGUGGCAAUUUGUAACAGAUCCUCAGUGUUCGCUUCGAAAACUGAUUUAUAGAGAUGGAGUCCCUUGGCAGCAGAUAGGGCUGCGGGCUAAUUGUCAACUGAUUCUAAAUGAAGGGAUUCAUUUUAAAUAAAACUUAAGUUUUAUGAAGAUAAAAGCUCUUUGGAAUGGUUGUCUUAUCAAAGGGUAGGUUAUCAGUGACUUAGAAAAAUUGUAGCAGUGAAAAAGGAAGGGGGGUGGGGGGAUACUUCGGUCUCUCAUUCUGGUCUACAUCCGGCAGGGACCAUGUCCAUCGGCCAGGGGACAGAACUCACCUGUAUGUCUCCAGGCAUCACCACAGCUGGAGGGCAGGGCCCUGGGGGGUACAGACUUUUGGAAUUACAUUAAGUUCCUAGUAGACAUCUGAAGUACCUGAUGAUCUGACAUUCUAUCCAGGUAAUUUCUAAAACAGCAAUUACACUUAAGCACUUUAGUAAAAAUUAUGAAUUAAACUUCACCACACAUACUGUCUAGAGAGUACUACAGUAUAUACAGUUAUCUGAUUUAGUUUGUGUGCACGCGUGCUUUUGCUACCGCAUUGUUAGAGCUGCAUCUAUAUUUAAAAGAUUAGUAGUUCCAUCUGCAGGUCCACAAGUCUUUAAAAGCAGAAGUCACAGCUCGGAGGGGCUAAAGUAUGCGCCUUAAGUCGUUUUGGUUUUAAGACCCUUUUUGUUGCAAACAGCUUGAACUUCCCAUGACUUCACUCAGAGCUGAACAGUUUAAAGCCAGCCACUUUUAACCUGCGGGGGAAAAAAAGAAAGCCCUAUUCUCUUUGAAAACAGCAGGCAUCUUUCAUCUACUUUUUUCUCCAUGCCAAAUUGACAUUGGUCAGACAGUUUAGAAACUGACAUGAAAUUCACCCAUUUUAUGGGACAGUUUUUUUUUUUUUUUUUUUUUUAAAUAACCCUUUUGGCUUAUAAUUUGCCUUCUGCAUCUCAUUGUGCUGUCAAAGUUAAGUACCAGUGAACCUGCCCACCCUUACAGAGGUGUACCCGCACUAUGUGUUUGACUAAACUCACAUCUAUUUAUCAAGGGCCACAAGCAGGAAGUACCAAAACUAGACUGCUUAAUGAGGUUUUAAUAAGUUUAAAAACCUAUAUUUCAGGAGUACAGUGAAUAUAGACAAAGACUGAAGUCCCCCUGGAUUGCUCCUUACCUUGGUGCAAAAGAGGUAAUGACAAUAUCUAAUGAUGAGAGUCAGAGCUAGUUAGUUUCUACAUCAGAUUUUUUUUUAAAAUGUACCAUCAUACAAAGCUGCAAGGGGUGGUAUCAUUAAAGAAUCAUUUGAAUCUGACUGAAAA